UCGGUAAAGUUGAACGUGUGUUGUUUUUUCUUCGUCGUCUAUGGUUCGGCUUUUAUGCAUGGUCAGCAUUUAUUUUUAUAAUCCAACAUCAAGUCUAAGAAGCGUGACAUCUCAAAAUAAAUGCAUUUUUGUCAGUAAACUCAAACAAAAAUACAUCGUUUCCGUCAACUUUUAAAAGAGUUGAGUAAAUAAUACAAACACAAAAACUCACCUGUCCGUCCAUCAUAAACGUCAUUCGGGUUGGUUAUUUAAAAAAACAAAUAACAGUAUUUACCUACAAUUUUAGAUCUAAAACCUAAAUCAACACGCACUUUUAUUGAACAACGGUUGACAAAGCUAUUUUGUUUGAUCGUUAAGAUUGAUAACAUUUUUUUUCAUAUCGUUAUUUUUUUAUUAACUUACCGUUACAACGAUCUCUGUGCAUGUUCUUUUACACUAUUUUUUCGUUAACAUUUUUAGAAAAAUAGUGAAACCCUAAAAAAGUCUUCAACAAAAAAAAGAUCCAAUCUCUCUAAGAAAAAUUUUCGCUUGAUCUCUUCUGUGAUCUCGUCGUUUCGUCGUCGUUGUCGCCGUCACCGUCAUAAAACGAUCAUACAUACCUGUCUCUAUACAACCAACACAUUUUGUUGUUGUUUUUCUUCUUUCAUAAAGAGUUUUUAAACAAGUGUUAGUGCCUGACCAAACACAUCGAUACACCGACACACCAUCUCACCGAGAGAUCGCAUCGUUUUUCUGUGUCGUCAUCAACUCACCUGUAUUAUUUAUUCUGUAUAUUGGAAUUCGUCGUUUGUUUUUGUUUUAUUUUUCCUUGCUCAAAUUGCACAUGUGUGUAUACUGUGUUUAUAUUUGAAUGUGUAUGUGAGUUACCUACCUGUUUUGAGCGAUUACACAUUUUUUUGUUGUUCGUUUUUUUUUCUCUUUUUUCGCGAAACUGUGAGAAAUUUUGUACCUAUAGUUUUUCUUGAUCGCGCGAUCAAAAAGUUUUUUGUAUAUAGAGAAAAGUCUUUUUUUCUAAAUAAACAUUAUUUUCUUCACGAUAUUUUCUCGUAGUGAUUAAUAAAGCAAUGUAAUUCGUGUUUAUUCGAAAUUUGAUUUUGCGGUACAUUUUCUCUAUUUUGUUACAAAUUAACAACAACAACCAACUAUACAACAGAGUCUCUCUGCUACCUACCUGCUGAUUGGAUAAAAAUAGCUCUUUAGAAAAUAUCAGAACUGGCGUCUUAAAAAAAUCAUUCAAAAUAAGUUUCUCAACAAAAACAAACAUGGCUCCAAUGCCCAGUAUUAAAAGUUCGGCAAAUGCUCCAACAUUCCUAUUUUCAACAGCCGAUUCUGGUGAUUCAAGUCCAACACCAUCAAGUCCACCAAGUACAGAUGUGCCGAAAUCACAGUGUUCCUCACUUUCCGAGGGUGAGUCCUUUGAGGGUUAUGGAGAAGGUGAAGGUGGCAGCAGUGUUGGUGGUCUAGCACGCACCGUCCUAAAUGAUGGCAAUAACAACAUAAAUACCGCUGGUGGUGUUGAACUCGAAUUGGCACCACAUGAAAACUCAACUCCUAGCGAUGAAGACCGCAAUAUCAUUCCAAGAGACAACUGGGCACGAAUGAGUCUCCGAAGAACGCCCACAAGCAAUCCCGAUAGCUUUUCAAAUCGUCGUUGGGGCUCCAUGAGACAUUCUGGCAGACGCAAGCUUGGUUCAAAUGCCUUAGCUAGUCAUCUUUACAGAUCGUCGAGUUUUAACUCAUCAGGUAGGAGCUCAAACUGUGAUACAACUGAAGACAUGUACAGCGAUGUUAGUCUAGAAGACGUCCAAGAUUUAAGUCAUAAGUUGGAAUUGUUGCAGCGACAAGUUACAGACUUGGCAGAUACACAAACAGAUAGAACAACGCGUACAAAAACAGAGUAUGCUGUAUUACAGACUCGGUACCAUAUGCUCGAGGAGCAGUUUAGAGAGUCGGAACUUCGUGCCGAAGAACGGUUAGCCGAAGAACAAAAACGCCAUCGUGAACUUCUAGCUCGGCACGAGCGUGAAGCCGCAUUACAAAAUGAAAAUUGCCAAAUUAAGAUAAGAACCAUUGAGAUCGAGGCGAAUGCCUUGCGAGAAGAAGCACAAAGAUUACGAGUUUUAUGUGACAAACAAGCGAGUGAUCUACACAAUACUGAAGAAAAAUUAGAACUUGCUCGCGAUAGUAUUGUGUCGCUGCAACAGGAUCUGAGCAAUGCCAAUUUACUUGAACGUAAAUACGAGCAAGAGAAGAAGGCAUCCGAAGAUCUAAUGGUUGAGAUGAGUCGUGAACUUGAGCGAUUGCGUUCGGAAAGUGGACGACCAGCAAUGCCAAGUACAUCACCGGAGGCACUAAGACUGGAAGAACUGCAUCAGGAGUUGGAUGAAUUAAGAAUACAAAAUAAAUCUCUCGAAGAACAAAAUGAAGAACUUCAAGCAGCAGUUUUGACUCGAGGUGUGGAAGAAGGUAGACAUCUUCUUAAUGGCACUUUAAAUAGUUUGGCACAAGAACUGGAGGAAAUGUCCCAAACGCAGGAUUCUGUGGAUUCAGCCACAAUGGCAUCAUUGAGCCAGCUUCAGCAAGCCUUCCAAGAAAAAGAAGAUGAAAAUACGCGGCUCAAACAUUACAUCGAUACCAUCCUGCUUAACAUCGUUGAAAACUAUCCACAAUUAUUGGAAGUGAAACCCAUCGAUCGUAGUGCGCAAAAUUAAAAAUAAAUAAUAAAUUUUGAAACAAAAAAAAACCCUUAAUUCAUAAGUAACAUAAAUUUUAAAUAAAAAAAAAAAAUAGAAAUAAUUAAUUAAAUUGUAUAAUAAAAAUAAAAAAAAAUCUCACAUCAUUAAACCCUCACAAAAUUAAAAAAUUAUGUCAUAAAAAUAUUUAAAGAGAAAAAAUUGACUUAACAAUAAAAAAAAAUUAAAUUAAAUAAACUCCCAUAUAUAUUAUAGAAAAAAAAAACGUAAAAAUUUCUUAAUGAUAUAGUUUUUAGGUAAAAAUAAACAAACAAACAAAAAUAUUUGUUACAAAUAUUUAGAUGAACAUUUUUUUAGGGCGCAACUAAAAAUUGUGUGUCGUUGAAUUCAUUUUUAUACCUGCGUGUAGUAAUAAUAUUUAACAGAAAAAUUAAAAAU